AAUUUCAAGUUCAAACGCAAUCAGGGUUGCUUUUGCUAUACAAUCAAAAUUGUCGGUACCAAGUCGGCGCCUUGAGCAAAUCCUUUUCAAAAUGUCAGAUAAAUGCAUGGACUUUAACGAGUUCUUACCGUACAUCGGGGAAUUCGGAGCCUAUCAAAAACGCCUUCUCCUGUACAUGAUGCCAUUUUCCUUUAUGUUCGCUCUCAUUUACUUGGCGCAAAUAUUCAUAUUACUUGUACCCCAUGAUCAUUGGUGUCGCAUCCAAGGGCUAGAGGGCUUGCCGAAAGCGAAGCAACUGGAUCUUGGAAUCCCGAAGGAUACGGACGGCGUGUACGACAGGUGUUCAAUGUACGAUGUCGACUAUAAGCUGCACUCCAAUGCCACAACUGCAAAUGAGAGUUGGCCAAAGAUUAAGUGCCGCGAAGGUUGGAUAUACGACAAGAGUCAGGUGCCAUAUGACACCAUUUCCACGCAGUACCAUUGGGUAUGCCAACACCAUGACUAUGUCGCCUACGCGAUCGCUGCCAGUUUUGUGGGCUCGAUGUUUGGCUGUCUGUCCCUCGGAUACGUGGCAGAUCAUUGGGGCCGUAUUCCUGCGUUGUUUCUGGCCAAUGCAUGUGCCUUACUGGGCGGUCUUCUGAGUGCCGUCUGCACGAACUUUUACACCUUUGCAGCGGCCAGUGUGCUGCAGGGUUGGUCCUACGAUACCUGCUUCACCGCCAUUUACAUACUAAUGAUGGAGACUGUGGGCCCAGAAUAUCGUACGCUGACAGCCAACCUCUCGCUGGCCACUUUCUAUACUUUGGGGGCGUGCGUACUCCCCUGGAUAGCCUAUGCCUGCAACAAUUGGAGGACAUUCGCUGUGGUUACCUCAGCGCCCAUAAUUAUAUUGAACUUAAUGUGCCUGAUAAUACCCGAAUCCCCCAGGUGGCUGCUCUCGGUGGGAAAAGUCGAGAGGGGAUUUAAAGUUAUCAGAAAAGUGGCCAAGAUAAAUGGUAAAACGGUGCCCGAAGAUGUAUUGGCCGCCUUUCGGGAGUGCAGCGAAAUAGCCUACCACGAGGAACAAUCAGCUAAAAAGUACACUCUACUGGAUAUUUUUAAGAGCUGCCGAAUGGGUCGCAUUGUGCUGAUACUGAUCCUGAAUUGGAUGAUUAUAGCGCUGGUGUACGAUGCUCAUGUGAGGGUCAUCACCAAUGUGGGAACGGAUAUAUUCGUUUCCUUCUCGCUGGCAAACCUCACCGAGCUGCCGGGUGGACUGGUUCCGCUCGUCCUGCUGGAUCGCACGGGGCGCAAGAUCAUGCUGUUUACGGUUUUACUGCUCUGCUCCCUUGGCAGCCUGCUGGCCGGUGUGCUGAGCAAGAAAUGGGAUAUUGCUAUAGCCGCCAUAUUCGGUCGACUAUGCGUUACGAUUGCCUACAAUGUGGGGGAGCAGUGGGCGGCGGAGAUACUUCCGACUGUGGUGCGGGGACAAGGACUUUCCCUCAUACACAUUAUGGGAGCCGCUGCAGCAGUAAUUUCGCCAUUUGUGGUAUACUCGGGUGACUACUCCGCAUCGCUGCCAAUGAAAAUACUAGCCGGGCUGGCUGUGAUUGGAGCUGUUUUGGUCCUGUUUUUGCCAGAAACUACAAACGUUGCGCUGCCGCAGACAAUAGAAGAGGCGGAGACUCGCUGGGCGCAGAAGUUUUGGUUUCCCAAAAAGAAAUAAUUCUCAUUCAAAUAACAUUUUGGCGCGUCAAUAGUUUCGUUUUACAACACUGAAGUGUAGUCGAAUGCAACCAUAAACGCCGUUUAUCGCACAGAAAUAUCGCAUAAGAAAUAUAUGUAUCGAUAUAUUGAUAAAUCAAUUUUAACAUCCCUAUAAACAGCACGUG